CAAGGGCUCUGGGGCCCGCAGCGGAGCUACGCGGGCGGACUGUGGCCCCUCCCUGGGCCGCCAUUGUGCUGCCUGCUGCGACUCCUAAGCCUCACCUUGCCCGGCUAGCAAGACCACAUGGGAAAUCUCUGAUCAAGCCUGCGUCUCCCUACACCUGGCAACGCCCUUGCCCAGCAGGGUCUCGGUCAUCAGAGUCGGGAGGAUCUUGGACAUCGCACAGGGGGUCCGGGGUCCCGGAGAACCACUUCUACGUUCCGGUGCUGGAGGCUUCAGUUAGCCCGACUGUGAGCUGUCACGGGUUGCCACGGCACUGCUGGCUAGGCAAGGCUUUUCCCAGCGCUCCGAGGAACCUGGCCUGGUCCCGUGUUUGGAGGAACAAGUCGUAGCACUGAUCACGCCAGUCACCCAGCAGGCGCCCAGCACUGCCUUGUCCCUGGCCCCCACCCAAAUCUACUCUCCUGCUUUGUUCCCCCAGAGCUCACGGUCCCCAAACAGUGUACCUGCCGGCGGUCCCAACCCAGCGGGAGAAGUGGACAUGAGGUUGGCAGAUGGGACCUGUUGACAAUACAAGAGAAGGUGAGAUGGAAAGAAGGACCCUUAGCACAACAGAUCCGAGAAGGGGGAGAACUUGAUCAAUCCUGCAGCAGGCCCCCUGCGUAUCGUGGUCCUAAUCAUCACUAUGGGUCUCACCUGGAUCCUAGUCACCAUCCUCCUAGGUGGUCUUGGUGGUGGCUUUCCUCGAAUCCAGCAGUUCUUCACUAGCCCAGAGAGCUCAGUGACUGCAGUUCUAGGCUUUAGCUGGUCCUUUAGUCCUGUGGCCUGUCCUGACCCCUACCCUCAGAUCUCAGGUGACCCUAGGGCCAGACCCAUGGGUCACAUCUCCUGUUCCUGCUCAGAACCACGGGCCAGGAAGUACAAGUGCGGCCUGCCCCAGCCAUGUCCUGAGGAACACCUGGCCUUCCGCAUAGUCAGCGGGGCUGCCAAUGUCAUCGGGCCCAAGAUCUGCCUUGAGGACAAGAUGCUCAUGAGCAGCGUCAAGGACAAUGUGGGCCGUGGGCUGAACAUUGCCCUGGUGAAUGGAGUCAGUGGUGAGCUCCUAGAGGCCAGGGCCUUCGACAUGUGGGCUGGAGAUGUCAACGAUCUGUUGAAGUUCAUCCGGCCACUGCAUGAAGGCACCCUGGUGUUUGUAGCAUCCUAUGACGAUCCAGCUACCAAGAUGAAUGAGGAGACCAGGAAGCUUUUUACUGAGCUGGGCAGCAGGAAUGCCAAGGAGCUAGCCUUCCGGGACAGCUGGGUGUUUGUGGGAGCCAAGGGUGUGCAGAACAAGAGCCCCUUUGAACAGCAUAUGAAGAACAGUAAGCACACCAACAAGUACGAGGGUUGGCCCGAGGCCCUGGAGAUGGAAGGUUGUAUCCCGCGCAGAAGUGUGGCCGGCUAGCACAGCAGAGCUCUGGGACCAGACCAAGGGAGGCAACGCGACGCUAGUGCAGGGGCAGAGGCCUUGCCUUGUGCUCAGGCAUGAGGCUCCCCAGCCCCAACACAUCAGGGUUCCAAGGCGAUAACCAGAUGGCCUCAAGGUGAUGGGGGGCUGCAGGGCUGGCCCAUCAUACUUUGUCAUAGAGCCCAGGUAUCUAUGUCCUUGUUUUUCCAAAGCUGAUCCCACAGUCAGUUCCCACCCAACCCUUUCCUCUGCCCCUCAUUGUGUCAUCUACUUCCUGAGUGCCCCCAGAGGCAAGGGUCUUCAGUGCUUGCCCCUCUCACUGCAGCAGCCAGGGAGCAGGUUGGGACAUCUUCCAGAGCCUCUCCCUUCCAGAGGCACUUACUGCCCUACCAUCCAACUGUUUUCAACGUGAUCCUUUCAGUAAGCCAAAUUAGGUGGCCACUUCUGUUCAGCUGGCUGGAACAGGCUGGCCUUUCGUGGCCAGGUAACUGGAGCUUGAUCAAAGUCUGCAACAAAGUGUAUGACAAUAUGCAGAUUGUCAGAGGACCCACCUUCUAGAAGACCUGUUUGCUAAUAAAUUGAUCACCUGCAGUGGAAUAAAGUGCACUCAGAUGCUGUCUACAGUG